AUGCAGGACCAACACUAUGCAUAUCAGUAUCAUGAGGACCCCACAACUACGAUAAAUCGUGCUCUACGGCAUGCGACCGGAUACACACAACGUCAGUGGGACCAGAACAUCAUGCCAGCAUCAAACCCUCGUAGCAUCGGCGACAUCAUGAUCUAUAACUUCGUACCACCACGAGAACGGAACAUGAGAGACAACGAGAUCACCCGAUUCAGAAAUCUUUCCGGCCUUGACAUCCACGACAUCAUCCCAUUCUCCACCAAACCUAGCGACUUUCCCCCCAACCCACAGAAUCUCUCUAGCUCUUGGCUAGAAAAUUGUCGGAAGCUGGUGGAGAAGACUGGAAACGACGACCAGAAGGCUCGGAGACUCGUUCGUCAGGCUGUGUAUGAGCGUACAGGAGUUGCGGGCGAUGUCAUGGUUCGCAAAGAUCUGCUUGCUGCGAGAGAUCUGGCGAUCAAGGAGGAAGGCUUCCAGCUAGGCCAUGCUCAGGGAUAUACUAAUGGACAUGCCGAUGGACAUGCUGCAGGACUUACAGAUCAGGGUUAUGCGGUGGGAUUCAAGGACGGUCGUCGCCAGGCGUGGGCUGAGAGGGAGAAGAUUGCAGCCAAUCCAGACGACCUGAUGGAUCUUACGCAGGAGGAUUGA